AUGGUCGCCGAGCUGUGGACCCGCGUCGUCAAGAAUCAGAUCAGCAACCUCUCCACCUUUGCAGCGCAGCACAAACGCGAAGAAAUGGCCAAAGCUCCGUCGAAGAAGCCCGACGCGGGCAAGAAGACCAGCAAAGAAGACCCCGUGCACGCCGCGGUGGAGGAGAUCGACCCGGGCCACGAGUACCUGGAGUACCUCGGCUGGGCCGAUGUAAUCGAAGACGACGAGGAGGGAUGGUUGGACAGCUGGAAUUCAAAGGGACACCUGCAGACGUGGCUCAAGACCUCACUCAAGAAUUGGCGCAAGACUUGGCUUGAUGGAGGCAAAUCCCCAAAAGAGGCCCUCGAGGAGCCGGUUACCGAGCAUGCGACGGCCGCAGAGACUACAGAGGAGCAGCAAGAUGUCAGCCCCUCUGCAAAUGAAGACGCGUCUACGCCUCUCCCGAUAGCUGCUGGCGUCCCCGUCGCGGGAAGUAGUCGGACACAGCGGCCUGUCCCUGACAUCGCGACAUAUCACCCGAUAAAGCCGCCCCAAAUGCCGACCGAACCGCCCUUGGUCACGUCUGGGAACACCACCGUAGCCCAUCCUGCUUCCAAGUCUAUCUCUGAGACCAUGCGGCAGCCCGACGCAUUGGUAUAUGCUCCGGCCGAGACGCACCAGGCCCUAGGCGCACCGCUUUCAAUCAUGGCAGAGGGCUUCUAUGCAAACCAGCCUGCUUUUGUUCCCACCUCGGAGACCGUGCCGUCGAGAUCACAUCCGGACUCAAUCUUUACGGUUGCACAAACACAGCCUGCAUCGGCAACGUUCACUCCAGCGUGCACGUCACCCCAGCCAUCACCCGGAUCACCUCUGGUUCCGGCAGGGAACACCGCCGUCGUCGCCCGUCCUGACCCUAUUGUAACCGCAAAACUUACACGAUUGCCUGAUGUGGUGACACUGACUCCAGCCCUGGUGUCCCAAACGGCUACCAGGCAGCUGCCAGUCACGGAAGGGAAUAUCACCGUGCCGAAGACUGGCCUCGACUCAGUCUUGGAGACAUUGCCGUUGCCAAUAGUCGUCAAAUCAGUCAGUUCCGAGGUUGCGAAAGCACAGCCCGCACGCUUGCAGCACAUGCAGAUUCAAUCACAGAUGUUGGUCUCAGUGGGGCAGAGCGGUCGAAAGCCCAUCGACACCACCGGAACGCGGGACGGACAGUCGGCACCGCAGUCAGAAGUUGCAUCGGACCCCGGUCAUCGAUUGCGGGAGGGACUCGCCUACUCUGCGGUAAAGAUGUGCUACGGGAUAGCCGACUCGGAUUUGGAUCACGGUGUCGGACAGGCUCAGGAUUCUCGGGCCUUGGCGGACAGUGGCCGGGAGGAGCGAGUUCCGUCCCUGAGUGGUGCGCGGAGGCAGAUGUUUUUCAAGUGGUACAAGGACGUUUAUAGGACGAUCAAGUCACCACAGCAGCUGAAGAGGAUCCUCCUAACCGUCAAGAUGCCCGGAACCCAUGUCCAUACCGAGUUCGCUUCUGGGAUCUCCUACAAGGUUGCCAUUACCACCGCUCCUCCUAACAGAGGCUUCAAAACCUAA